AGUGACGGCCAACAAAACGAAGGAAAAACAAGAGAGGAAGACGUAGGGGGAAAAAAAGAACUGGGAAAGCGCAAAGACUUCCAGCUCACCUUGCAACUCUUCUUACAAGCAGAAGAAGAAUGAGGACAGGGGACGUGUAGUGGAGCAGUGAAAAAAAAAAUGGAGAUGGUCAUAGUGUUGUUUUUGUUGGACAUACAAUGGAUGGUGACAAUGUCUGUACAAGGACUGUCUGCUCCAUAUCAAGACAACAUGGUUGACCUGCUCUCAGCUCUAAACAUAUCCCACCCAAAGAGCGGUGUGUCCAGACUGCACAGUCCCACGGGCGCCGUGUACAGAAUCCGUCCUCGAGCGCCUCACCUGACGCUCCCCACUGAAUAUUCCCGAAUCCUGCGCUCCGACUUCCAGGGAAGCAUGGGGCUGCAUUUGGUGGGCCAGCAGCUGCAGGGCACCAACAUCACCCUUUUGUCUCUCGCCGCCUCGUCGUUGACCACACUUCUCCAGCUCACCUCCUCCACCCCGGACGACGUAUUGCGUGUGGACUACCAAGCGGGAGGGGGAAUCCGGGGCCUUCUUUUACCCGGGACGAACCCCUUCUCGUCGGGGGAAUGGGUGCAGUUGGCCAUCAGCCUGGAGCCAGACAGGCUCGUAUAUUUUGUGGACUGUCAAGAACUCCAAGUCGUCCUCGUAAAACCGGAGGAGAAGUUCGAGCUGGAACUCCCGCAAGAUGUUGUUGUCACCCUGGGAAGCACACCAGGGAGAAAAGACAGCAAAUUUAGUGGUCAUUUCAAGAAAGCAGAAAUCUCAAUGAAGGCCUAUCAGAGACGUCCUUGGCACUGUGACAAUGUGACAGAUGCUCUGCCGGCAUCCACUCACUUGCACAGUACGGAUUCACACAAUGCCAGUGGCCCAGUGCUGCAACAGGGGGCUUCUUCCGCCACCGCUAAAGCUAAUAGAAAGCACAGGACGCCGGUCCAGAGUGGUCUUUCUCCACCACACAGCACCCAGAGUGAGCAGCUGCAAAGGAGAGUUGUCCUGGGGCCACCAGGACUCCCUCAAGGGCGGAAGUCCGUUUCCCAGGUCCACCAGGAGGGCCUGAGCAGGCUGGAAAACAGGCUGGAGGACCUGGCUCGUAUGCUGGACGCUAUUCAAGCUCAGAACGAGGAUCUGCAGACACGAGUGCGCUACCUGGAGGGAUGCGAAUGUGUGCGGCGGUCAUGCAUGUGGGAAGGCGGCGAGGUGGAGGACGGCCGAAGCUGGCAGACCGACGUCAGCACCGUGUGCACGUGUACGUCCGGAACAGUCACGUGUCAAGCUAACAUCAGAGACUGUGAGCCACAAGACACGAGAGUUCAUAAUGUGUCCCACAGCGCCAACACCUGUGGGGGGGGUGAGAGGGAUUGUUCGGCCGUGCCCUGUCCCCCGCUUGACUGCACACAAAGGGAGAGUGGACCUGGAGACUGCUGCCAGCGAUGCAAAGGCUGCUUCCACGCCAGUGUGCGUUAUGACCACAACGUAAAAUGGAGGCCAGCCGAGAGUCCGUGUGAUGUCUGCCACUGUUUUGAGGGCGAUGUUCGCUGUGAGAGGGAGCCAUGUCCCCCGUUGCCCUGUACCAACCCCUCGCCUCCUCCACGCCACUCCUGCUGUCCAGUGUGCCAAGGCUGUGGUGUGAAUGGUCACCAUUUCCCAAAUGGAGCUGUGAUCCCUACAGGAGAUCGCUGUGAAGAAUGCUUAUGUGUGGAUGGAAAUGUUGCAUGUUUACCUCGACCGUGUCCUGCCCUGUUCUGUCAAAAUCCUGUGCAUCGUGCCGGAGACUGUUGUCCACGGUGUGAUCAGUGCGAGUAUGAGUCUCAAGUGCACCUGGAUGGACAGAAGUUUCCGUCCACAGAUGAUCCUUGCGUUGAGUGCCGUUGCUCUGCAGGUGAAGUGUCCUGUGAGCGCACGGAGGCGUCGUGUCCUGCACCACACUGCAGCCACCCAGCGAAACGCAAGGGAGAGUGUUGUCCAGCCUGCAAUGAGUGUGAGUUUGAAGGGAGGGUGUAUGCCGACGGAAAAGUGUUCAUCCCACCCGGAAGUGGACCGUGCUUGCAGUGCAGGUGUAGGAGCGGAAACGUAGUUUGCCACGAAGAAAAGUGCCCUCCCGUGCAAUGCUCCGACCCCAUACGAGACCCACAUCGGUGCUGUCCCGUCUGUAAAGCAUGUGAGUUGGAUGGGUCCGAGUAUGAAGAUGGCACCAAGUGGCACCCCGAAUGUGUGGAUGGAGACCCCCAGUGCACCCGCAUCCAGUGCCCCCCCACCACAUGUCUGCAUCCCACUAAGACCCCUGGCUCCUGCUGCGCGGCGUGUGACAGCUGCACGUAUCAUCACCGUAUCUACGGCAACGGGCAGGCGUUCGGGACGCCCGAGCGGCCGUGCCACGUCUGCACCUGCCUGCACGGCACUGUGGAGUGUGAGAGAAGAACUUGUCCGGCACUCAACUGCAGCAACCCGUUCACAGAAGCUGGAGAGUGCUGCCCCAAAUGUCCAGAUUGCUCAUUUGAGAACCACGUGUUUGUGGACGGGCAAGCGUUCCCCAACCCGAUGAGCGCAUGCGAGGAGUGCAAGUGCGCGAGCGGGAGGAUCGACUGCCAGCUGGCUCAGUGUCCUCGGCCCCGCUGCAACGCACCACUGUUGGGGACGUGCUGCAGAAACAGCUGUAACGGAUGCAGCUAUGGCGGGAAGGAGCACCCCAACGGCCACCAGUUUGCACAUCCCACUGAUGCAUGCAGGACCUGCAGCUGCAUUAAUGGAAAUGUCCAAUGUCUUAUGAAGAGAUGUCCACCGCUGUCAUGCGCCAACCCGCACGUGUUGGCUGGAGACUGCUGCCCCAAGUGUCCUGCGCCCCCUUCGGACUGCGAGUCGGAGGUCCAAACGUACCGACACGGCGAGCGCUUCUACUCGCCGUCGGACCGUUGCCAGUUAUGCUCGUGCGCCAACGGUACGGUGAACUGUCAGAGGAAGCCGUGCCCCUUCGCCUCCUGUUCCCACCCCGUCACGCAAGACUGCUGCCGUACCUGCCAAGGCUGCCUGUAUGAAGGUCGUGAGCGAGCCAACGGGGAAAUGUGGGACGACGCCUCGGACCCGUGCGCUGCGUGCGUGUGCCACGAAGGGUCCGUAAGGUGUGAGAGGAAACCUUGCCCCCCCAGCAACUGUAAGCACCCUGUGCAGCGACACUGCUGCAUGUCCUGUAAAGGUUGCAUGUAUAACGGGAGCGAACACGCCGACGGCACUGAGUUUGCUGACGACAGAGACCCGUGUGCUGUGUGCUACUGCUAUGCGGGCGAGGUGGUCUGCACCAAGCUGCCGUGCUACGCUGAGUGCCGCCACCCGUACAACGCGCCGGGACAAUGCUGUGGAGAAUGUGAACGCUGUUUUUACAAUGGAGCAGUGCUCGCUCAUGGACAGUCCAUUCCUGAACCGGGGAAUCCUUGCUCGGAGUGCACCUGCCAGACUGGCAGUGUGCGCUGUGUCAAAAAGUCUUGUCCAGUGACGCUGUGCCCUCACCCUGUCACAAAUACGUGUGGAUGCCCUGUGUGUGACGGUUGCCACUUUCAAGGUGUGGAUUACGUCGACGGACAGACCCUGGCAGAAGGAGAAAGCAGCUGCCGGGAGUGCGCAUGCUCAAGGGGCGAGGUGGUUUGUACACAGAGAAAAUGUCCUGCCGUGUCCUGCUCUCAUCCGGCGCUGGACGGAUGCGCGUGCGGCGUGUGCGACGGGUGUAACUUUGAGGGACGGAACUGUUUCAACGGAGAACGAUUCCGGCAUCCAGCAGACCAUUGUCAGCUGUGCUCCUGCCUGAACGGCGGUGUGCUGUGUUCACACGUGUCCUGUCCAAGUGCCGCCUGCUUGCUUCCGGUGACCCCCCCGGGCGAGUGUUGCCCCGUCUGCACCGGGACAUGCCGACAUCACGGGAGGGAAUAUCAGUCGGGCUCAUCCUUCCCCUCGCCCUUGGACCCCUGCUCCUCCUGCUCCUGUCUGGAGGAGGUGGUGAACUGUAAGCGGAGACCUUGUCCCGUGCUGUGUUCCCACCCCGUCCCGUCCGACGGCUGCUGUCCCGUGUGCGACUCCUGCUUGUACGAGGGCGUGAUCCGCGCCCACGGCAUCACUUUCGCGCCCUCCUCCGAACCUUGCCAACGUUGCACCUGCGUCAGAGGCACGGUCACCUGCGUGCCCCUCGUGUGCCCGCCAGCGCCCUGCAGCCGAGCCGUCACUGUGCCGGGACGGUGCUGCCCUGAGUGCGCAGGAUGUAUGCUGGAUGGACAGGAGUACGGUGACGGACAGACGUGGACGCUGAUGUCAAACCACUGCUCUACGUGCACAUGUCAGGCUGGAGAGGUGCAGUGUUCCACUCCACAGUGUCCCGAGCUGGCUUGCAUGCAUCAGCUGACCGAGCCGACCGCCUGCUGUCCUCGCUGCAGAGGUUGUAUGUACGACGGAGGCGAGUAUGCGGAGGGAAGCAGCUGGUUCGGCGACUCGUCCCACUGCCGCAGCUGCAUGUGUGUGGACGGCGUGACGACCUGCUCUGAAAUCCACUGCCUCUCCCCGUGCAGCAACUUCAUCAAAGUGCCAGGACAGUGCUGCCCCGUGUGCGCCGACUGUGUGUUUGAGGGCAGGGUGUAUGGCCCAGGAGACAGCUUCCAUCCGGCUGGAGACCCCUGCCAGGUCUGCACUUGUGAGGUGAUGCCAGACGGAGAGCAGCACCUGCGAUGUUACCGUAAACAGUGUCCCAGUCUGGUGGACUGUCCCAAGAACAACAUCUUGUUCUCCGGACCCGACGCCUGCUGUCCUGUCUGUGCACAGCCUCUCAGUAACUGCACUCCUAUGCUGAUUGGCAAUGAGGUGCUGGCUACAGACAACCCCUGUUUCACCUGCCAGUGCAGGGAUCUAACAUGGACGUGCCUGCAUCGAGGCUGCCUCCCCCUCACUUGUCCUCCCAGUGAGCAGUUCACCCCUCCAGACUCAUGCUGCCCUGUGUGCAAAGAAUGUGUGAUCGAGGGUCAGAACCGACGCGUGGCGAGCGGCAGCAGUUGGACGGACAGCGACGACAACUGUGUCACUUGCACCUGCAAUUUGGGCUACAUUGAGUGCAUCAUUGAGGAUUGUUCAUCCGCACCUUGUCCCGAUGGUCAGAAACAAGUGAAGUUACCAGGGAAAUGCUGCCAUGAAUGUCAAGGUAACACAACCAGCCAGCUGCUGAGUGUGUUGACAAAGAUUCUAUUAUAUGUAACUGUGUGUGUGUGUGUUGUAGACUGGGGCGUGUCGUGUGUGCACCAGGGCACGGUGUACCUGUCCAACGAGCAGUGGCAGGUGGACGAAUGCACCGGCUGCACGUGUAUGUCUGGAGACGUGCACUGUCACAGUGAACGCUGCCCUCCCCUUACUUGCAAUACGGAUGAGAUGCUGUCAGUGGUGCCAGGCUUGUGCUGCCCUCACUGCCUCCCCCGGCCGGCCACGUGCAUCGCGUUCGGCGACCCUCACUACCGCACCUUUGACGGGCGCAUGCUCCACUUUCAGGGAGCCUGCACCUACGUCCUGGCGCAGGACUGCAAGGGCGGAGACUUCAGCAUCCACGCCACGAACGAGGACCGCGGUCGUCAAGGUGUGUCGUGGACCAAAGAGGUGACUGUCUUCAUUGGUGAUGUCACCGUGUGGCUGCUGCAGGAUUGGCUCGUAAAGGUAGACGACGAGACGGUGACGUUGCCGUUCCUCAAGGAACCGUACAUCUACGUGGAACGGAAGGCCAACAGCAUCCUGCUCAACACCAAUAUCGGCCUCAAGGUGCUGUGGAACGGCCGUUCCCACCUGGAGGUCAGCGUUCCAGGCUCCUACAAGGGACACACCUGCGGCCUCUGUGGAAACUUCAACAACUACCACCAGGAUGACCUGCGCAUGCCCAGCGGACAGAUAAGCCUGUCGGAAGCGGACUUCGGCAACAGCUGGAGGGUGACAAACGGAAGUCGCUCCCUCGCUUCUUGCCGCCCGGGCGAGGACGUGGACCCCUGCAAGCAGGCGGGCUACCACGCCCGCAAAAGCGCCAACGCUCGCUGCAAGGAACUCAAGUCGCCCGCGUUCAGGCCGUGCCACCGCGUGGUGCCUCCCGAGGCCUGGUACGCGGCCUGCGUGUACGACCUGUGCGCUUGCGGGGCCAACACUGACGAGUGUCUGUGCGACGUGCUGGAGGCCUACGCCGGACAGUGUCGGGAGGCCGGGGUGGUCCUGCAGUGGAGGGGACCCUCGCUGUGCGCGGUGGGCUGCCCGGCGGAGAGGGGCUUCGUGUUCGACGAGUGCGGCCCGCCGUGCCCCGUCACCUGCUUCAACGCGGCCGUCCCGCUGGGGCUGAUCGAGAGCCACUGUUUCAAGCCCUGCGUGCCCGGCUGCCAGUGCCCCGCCGGCCUGGUGCUGCACAACAACCGUUGCGUCCAUCCCAGCAAGUGCCCCAAGAUCAUCCACGGCAACCAGUCGUGACACUUUCAGUCAGACGACAAAAGGCUGCAGUCGACAUCCUUGAAGCGAUCCAUUUUCUAAAGCUCUUAUCCUCACUAGGCUCUCUUUGCAGACUUCUGGCCGAGAGGCAGGGUACGCCCUGGACUGGUGGCCAGCCAAUCGCAGGGCGCAUAGAGACAAACAAGCAUUUCCACCUCAUGACGAUUUAGAGUCAUGCACGUUUUGGGGAUGUGCGAGGAAGCCGCAGCAUCCAGAACCUCCACUGCAAAGUAGUAACAGGGAGGCCGGAGCCGAAAUGUAAACCCCGAACCUCAGAACGGUGAGGCAGACGCACCAACCGCUACUUCAUCGUGCUGCCCGCUUUCGACCGAGUGACUGAAUAUGCAGUGCCGUUUAUAGACCACAAGGUGUAAUACUUUAACUUGAACGUUCACUUUGUUUUUGUUUUUUAACACACAUUUCUAAAAUAUGGUGUUUAUAUACUGUGUUCCAAAUGGACAUACGUGUUCUUCAAGCACAUUAUCUCAGGUUGUUGUUUUUUGGUUGUUGUUCAAUGA